AUGACCGACAUGGAAACAGCCAUCCAGGCCGCAAUAACCUCCGGCAAGAUCAACGGCGCCGUAAUAUGCGCCACAGACACCAAAGGCCAAUUCACCUACAACAAAGCAUUCGGCACCCGCACCCUCCUCUCAGGAGCAAAGCAACCCCAAGCCCUAACCGACGUACUCUAUCUCGCCUCAGCAACAAAACUAAUAACAACAAUCGCCUCCCUGCAAUGCGUCGAAGAAGGUCUCCUGACACUGAACGACGACCUAUCAACCAUAGCCCCCGAACUAUCCAAACAAGUCCUAACCAGCUUCAAAGAUGGAACACCCCAGUUCGAGACCCCAUCUCAUCCAAUUACCCUCAAAAUGCUCCUUACCCACAGUGCCGGAACAACGUACCAUUUCAUGGAUCCGCUGAUCGGCAAAUGGCGCGAGCAGUUCACUGAUGAAACAAGUACACAGCAAUCAGUCUCGGAUCUUUUCUGUUAUCCGCUCUCCUUCCAACCAGGUACGAGUUGGAUGUAUGGGCCUGGGCUUGACUGGGCUGGACUGAUAAUUGAGCGAGUGACCGGUGUCACAUUGAUGGAAUAUAUCCAAGCGCGUAUUUUCGACCCAUUGGGUAUUUCAGAUGGUCAAUUUUACCCUGUUACCCGGGGAGAUUUGCGAGAGCGUCUUGUGGACCUUAAUCCCCAUGAUUCCGGUCUUGGGCGGGCAGUUCUGGGGGGAGGGGGGGAUAUGAAUGCGCGGACGAAAGGGGAUUUUGGGGGCCAUGGGUUAUUCCUGCCUGGGUGUGAUUAUAUCAAGAUUUUGCAUUCGCUGUUAGCGAGUGAUGGGAAGUUAUUGAGGGAUGAGAGUGUUGAGGAUAUGUUUCGGCAUCAGUUGGGUGAUGAGGCGACGGUGGGGCAUCGGGAGGCACUUGGGGGUCCGGCGGGGGUGUUUUUUAGGGUUGGAACGGAUGUUGGGGCGAGGGUUGGACAUGGAUUGGGUGGGUUGGUUACGUUGGAGGAUGUGGAGGGUUGGUAUGGGGAGGGGACGUUGACUUGGGGUGGGGGGUUGACGUUGGCUUGGUUUAUUGAUCGGAAGAAUGAUCUUUGUGCUGUUGGUGCUAUUCAGGCUGCUUUGCCUGUUGAUGUGGAGGUGGUUUCUGAGUUGAAGCAAGUGUUUAGACAUGAUGUUUAUAGUAAGAGGGCUGCGUGGAGGGAGCAGAAUCGUGUGGGAGUGUCUGGGUGUUAG